UUUAUUUUGUUCUUUUAGAAAAUAAUCUAAAAUAUGAACGGAACACCAGCAACAACAUCAUCUGGUUCUUGCGCUACUGCUGGUGCAGCUGGCGGAGGAGGAGAUAAAUGUUCCCCUUCUUCCUCAUCAAGGAAUUCUGAUACUGGUUAUCUUGGUUGUAAUUAUAAUCAAGAGUUUCUGGCCGCGGCUAAUGGAGGAAUUGAAGUUAGACGUGUUAACGAUAAAGUGGGACAAGGAGUAUUUGCGACGAAAAAUUUCAAGAAAGGUGACCAAGUUUUGACUGACCUGCCCAUUGUGACGUGUCAAUUUGCUUGGAAUCAUUUGUACAAGUAUAAGGCAUGUGAUUACUGUAUGAGAGCUUUGGAGACGGCGGAAGAAAAUGUGCGGCGACUGACGCAAAUCCCAACCUUUGACUUACCUUAUCCUGACCUGUGUGCGACGAAAAAGGAACUAAUCGUGACUUGUGAUGAAUGUCCGGCUAUGUAUUGUUCGGCACAAUGCAAGGAGAAAGCAUUCAACGAGUAUCAUCAAAUUUUAUGCUUCCAUGCAGAAAAUCCACCUGAGAAUGUAAGCAGAUUGGAUGACUUCUGGAGGUCAAUGCAUUACCCACCGGAAACUUCGAAUAUCAUGCUCCUGGUUCGCUUACUUGUCAAAUUGCAUUUGGAUUCGGAUAAGUCUCUUCUUCAGAGGAUUGGAAAUUUUUGUCAAGCAUCGGCGAACGAGGAUGAAGAACUGGCGCAUAAAGUUCUGGGGGAUGAGUACUCGUUGCAGGUCACUACAUUACGACAGCUUGUGAUUAGUAUUGUGAACUUUCCAAAUAUUCAACAGUGGUUGACUCCUGAAGGAUUUUUGAAACUAUUUGUCCUUAUUGGGCGAAACUCUCAAGGAGUUGGAACCAGCCCGUUUGCAACGUAUGUGGAGAAUGUGGAGAAACAGGAACUGCCUGUGGACGAGAAAAAGGCUGUUUUAGACACGAUUGAUCAUAUUUAUGAAGUUAUGGACUCUGUAAUCGGUCAUUUUAUGGACAAUGAAGGAGUUGCUUUAUAUCCACUUCAGAGCUGGGUAAAUCACUCGUGCGUUCCAAAUUGUGAAGUAAAAUUCCCAGAAAAGAAUCACAGGGUUGGACUUAUUGCGUUGGAGGAUAUUGCAAUUGGAGAAGAAAUUAAAAUUAGCUACCUGGAUCUGGCUGACCUUUCUCGAUCGAGAUACUCAAGGAACAAGUAUCUGAAAGAACAUUACCUCUUUUCCUGUGACUGUCCAAAAUGUUUGGAACAAAUGGACGAUGAAGACGGCACAACGGAUUCCAAUGAGGAAAUGAGUGAUGAUGAAGAUGAAGAUGGAAACGAAAUGUCUGAAUAGAUAUACUUGGAUAUAUAUGUUAAAUGUUUGUGUACAUAUGUAUUGUCACGCUUAUAAUGUUACUGACAAAAAUUCUCAAACUUUAACUACUUUAAAUUUGGACCAACAACACUACCUACGACAUAAUCAGUAUGAAUAUGGCCAACCAAUGCACAUUUUGACAGGUACUGUGAACUUGACAAAAACUGCAAACGCUUGUUCUUUAUUCUUCUUAUUGUCAAACUAUAGUUUAGUUUUUCAUUCACAAUUAUUAUUAUUUGUUGAUCAAUUUACAUUGAUUCAAAUAAAAGCUUUAACUGUGUAAAA